CUGGAGGCGGUGGUGCAUCCGGACGAGGCUGCAGCUACCAGAGUCCAGAUCGCUAGGGAAAGGGGUAGUGCCGCUAGAAGGAGGAGGCAGGUGGCAAGCUGAAGGGAGUCUCCGCCGGGUGACCUCGCGGCUCACAGGGUGCGGGGCACCUCAGAAUCCAGGACAGAACCCUUGGCACCAUGAACCCAGUCAUUGGCAUCGCUCUCCUGCUUUCAGUCUUGCAGAUGUCCAGAGGACAAAAGGUGACCAGCCUGACGGCCUGCCUGGUGGACCAGAACCUUCGCCUGGACUGUCGUUAUGAGAAUAAGACCAGCUCACCCAUCCAGCACGAGUUCAGCCUGACCCGAGAGAAAAAGAAGCACGUUCUGGCAGGCACUCUCGGGGUACCCGAGCACACGUACCGCUCCCGGACCACCGUCACUGGCAACCCCAACAUCAAGAUCCUCACCUUAGCCAACUUCACCACCAAGGACGAGGGCACCUACGCAUGUGAGCUGCGAGUCUCUGGCCAGCCUCCCACAACCUUCUCUCAAAAUGUCUCUGUGCUCAGAGACAAGCUGGUGAAGUGUGGCGGCAUAAGCCUGCUGGUUCAGAACACCUCCUGGCUGCUGCUGCUCCUGAUCUCCCUCUCCCUCUUCCAAGCCAUGGAUUUCGUUUCUCUGUGACUGGUUGGGUCCACGGAGAAACAGGAAGCCUCAAGGCCCAGUACAGAGGUCCUGCUUCUCUGGGUCAGCUGACUCCCUUCCUGAGUCCCUCUAUCCCUUGGGGAGAAACGGGGACCCUGUCCCUCCUUAGGAACCCCAGUGCUGCAUGCCAUCCACUACCCCGCUCUGACACUCCGCCCUCUCCACUCACCGCUGGCUGCCAUUUUAUACUCUUCAUUCCGGGGCUGCUUCUGUUUAUUUCAAGUUUCUCCUUUCUUUUCUCUGGGAGUUUGUGAUGAGGGAGGCCAGGAUUAGGGAGCUAACGGAGCAUAAGGGUGGAUGAUGGAUAUUGGGGUGGCAGGAUACCAGUCCCUGGUGGGGAGUUCCUCCUUGCCAACCAGGCCAGAUGCCUGAAAGAGACGUGAAGAUGGAGUUGGGUGUGUCUGUGCCUGGUACAGUCAUACUCUUGAUGAAAGUAUUGCCCAGAGGGCAGGGAGGGGGCCUCACCAUCUCAGGAUAUCAGCAUGCUGCUCAGCCUUUGUGGCCCGUCCAAAGAGGAUGAGAGCAGAGAUUCUACAAGAUCAUUCUCAGCCACCACAAACACGCCCCCUCCUAUCACUGAACAAAUCCCCUGGGGCUCUUGAGCCAGGGCACAUUCAGUAAAGAUGCAGGUUCCGCCAGAGAAUGUUGGGGAGAGGGGAGUGGGAAGCGGUGAGGGACUAUCACCCCUUCUGUCUCUAGCUGCCACUGCCUCGAGUGACAGGGCUGGCAGAGGAAGGCCAGCUCCUCCCCAGCUCCCAAGGAGCCAGAACUCUGACUGCAGGGCCUAAGUCAGUGCAGGAAGGAGGUCCUAGAGCCAUCCAGCUGGACCCGGCUUGCUAAGGGAGAUCCUUGGCUCUUCUUUCCCUUGCCCCUCUGUGCCAGCCCCUCUGGCCAUCCCUGAUCCCUCAGACAACCAGAGUCUUGCCACCUGCCUCCUCUGGGACCUCCUAGGGUGGGAAGCAGGUGGUAGAGAGAGACCCAGUGUGAAUACCUCUCAGAAGAGUGAGACCCAGUGUGAAUACUUCUCGGAAGAUAGCUUUUCCCAACACCCACUUCCCCACUGGCAACUGCCUGUCCUGUCACCGUGUGUAAUGCCACCACAGCUUACAGCAUCUCGCUGAGGGAAAAAAAAAAAGUUGCACAAUAAAACCAAGCCUCUGGAGUCUG